GGCAGCGGGGCCGAUGGUGGCGGCGCGGCGGCGGCGGCGCUGGGGCGUGCUGGGGCUGCUGGCCGCAUACGUGGGCUACCUGGGGCUGGGCGCCGCCGUGCUGCAGGCGCUGGAGCGGCCGGCCGAGGUGCAGGCGGCCCAGAACCUCCUCCGGGAGCACUUGGGGCUGCUGGCCAACCACACCUGCCUGCAGGGGCCCGCCCUGCAGCGGCUCAUCGAGGGUAUCAUCCAAGCCUACAAGAGUGGCAUAACCCUCCAGGGAAACACCACUAGCCUGGGCAGGUGGGACUACAGUGGGUCUUUCUUCUUCUCCAUAUCUGCAAUAACAACCAUUGGCUAUGGGAACCUGAGCCCCAGCACUGCAGUUGGUCGAAUCUUCUGCAUUGUGUUUGCACUUUUUGGGAUCCCCUUGAACCUUGUGCUCCUGAAUGAAAUUGGGCACCUGAUGCUGCUUGGGGUUCAGCAUUGUGCCCGUCACCUAGAGGAGGUGUUUCACUGGCAGAAUAAAGCUUCCUUCCUGAUGAAGACCUGUGCACUGGUAACUGGCUUGUUAUUGUUCCUCCUGCUACCUCCCUUGUUAUUCUCUGACAAAGAAGGCUGGUCUUAUGAAGAAGGCUUCUACUAUUCCUUCAUUACCCUCAGCACUAUUGGGUUUGGAGACUAUGUGAUUGGGAUGAACCCAGAUCGCACCUAUCCAAGCUGGUACAAGAAUGUAAUCUCUCUGUGGAUCCUCUUUGGGAUGGCCUGGCUAGCACUGGUUAUCAAAUUUUGCAUCAACAUUCUAGAGAGCUCCAGUGACUUCUGUCAAUGCAACAAGAAGAACACAGAGAUGGCCGAAGAUUUAAUGGAUGGCAACAAAAAUAGCAUGACUGGACUUCAAAAUGCGGAGAUCUGCAGUGACAAAGACACAAAAGUUAAAGGACCAGUUGAAUCUCACUCUUACACAGCUCCUACAGAAGCCCUCUAGGGGAAAAAAAUGUUCUUGGUGUCCUGUAGGUUUUAGUGCACCAGAGAUUAACAAUAUAGAAAUCUGUAAGUGGAGCUACCCUGACCUGUGAAUGGGGUGAAAGUUUGUUUAUUGAGCUUGAAAUGCUUUUAUUUUUAAUUGAUCAAUGACAGAAUGUUUAAUUUCCAGCACCACCAAGUACUACCAACAGGACUCUUAGCCAAAAGUAGAUUUAUGAAAAUAUUACCUGCCUUUCCACCUCAAUCUAUGAGGUAAUCUCUGACGUCCCUAAGCAACAUCAUUUCUUUGCAUGAUUCUUGCAGCCUCUGGUUACACGUAUGGCACUUUGCAAAUGCCACAGCCAUAAAAACAAGUGCUCUUUAAUGCAGGAAACAAAUGGCAUAUUGCCAAAAGAAAUUAAAAGAAAAGCACUGUUUAAAGCUAUCUGGCAGUCAUGGCAGAUGUGCACCGUCACCUAUAUGCUUGUGCUUGUGAAAGGUGGUAACAAGGUUUUGCACUCUGAACAUUCGUAUGAGGAUGGAAAUGAGGAAGAGCUCAUGGCGGGGCCUGAUAGAAACAGAUCAUUCAAUUUUUUAAAAAGUAAUUUCUACAUUGGAAAUCUGCUAACAGAAAGAAACUGGAUAUGCUAUUCCUUACUUCAGAACUUAUGUGGGUUCAUUCUUUGAAGUAUUUUUGCAGACCAAAUGUCAUCAGCUCAAUGCAGCAGUUCAUUUACAUAGAUUUGUAUUUUGUCACAUCUUGGAAGUCAGUAAAGGAGGACUAGAGCAAUUUUAAAGGUCAGUGGUUCCAACAUUUUCCUACCGCCAAUAUUAACAAGGACUCUGUCAGUCUAGAAACAGACUGAGUUUUCUUCAGCUAUGAUCAAGAGAUGCUAUUGUGAUGAACUUAUCAUGUCAUUGAUGAUUAAUGUACCUAUCUGACAUCUUAUAUCUCAUCACAACUGUCUUUGAUCUGUAGAAUGAUGUGCUUAUUUGGCCUUUGUGUCAGUCAUGAAACAGAACUUGGUUGGGUCUUUUUAUUUCCAUUAAAUUCUCAAAAAUGUUUUGAAAUUUUAUGCCAUUUAUAAAGGCACAACAGAGUCUAA